CAAAGUGAUUUCGGUAAUACUACCCAAUGUAGCGGAACAACUUGUAGAAGCUGCGACGAAGAAGGUUGCAAUGGUGGCAUUUUUCCUCAAAAUCGACUGGAGUGUUACCAAUGUAAGGGGCAGGAUUGCGGAAAGGAAUCGACACAGAAUAUGACCUCCGCCAUUUGUCGAAUCUUCAAAUCAGAUAACAAGUGUUAUUCUAGAAUCUCUGAGGAAGGAGUCUUUGAACGCGGCUGCCAGUAUGACCUCAUCAACGGUUCAAGUCCUUGCUCAGGACUGGAAAACUGCAUUCUCUGCACUGGAAGCAAGUGCAAUACCGUUUCUGAAACUCAGCUGAAGGCACAUCCAAAGUGUCUACGGUGUACCUCAAGUAACCAAAACUGCGUUGGCGGAUUGCUGAAUGCUACAAGCUGCGACCAACUGAACGAUUCCUGUUUUACUCGGGUUAUAGAUGGCAUACUGGAACGAAACUGCUUGUCAACUCUAAAUGAUGCUGACUUUGCCAAGUGUAACAGCACUGAGGACCAAUCGUGCCAAAUAUGCUCCGGACCAGGCUGUAACAAUCAUGAGUGGCCCAAAUGCCAUCAGUGCAGCGAAUCUGACUGUAGUUCCGAUCAACCGGCCUCAAAGUCUCAAUUUUGUCCGAAAUUAAACCUUCACCAGUGCUUCGAGAAGCUAGAGGCAACCAACGUUACUCGAGGUUGUGCGAACGUCCUCAUCGAAGAUCCCUGCAAAGACAGUUUGGAAUGCAAGCUCUGCGAUACAGCUUCCUGCAACAAUCGCUCGGCCAGCACACUCGUAACAAAUCAGCGAUGCCUGCAAUGUAAUUCAACGGAAGAUUCCGAUGGAAUCUGCUUAGAAGGACGCAUGCAGGAAGCGCCUUGUCAAACAGAAUCUGGCCAGCAGUGCUACUCACGUGUUGACGAUGAUGGAACGCUUCACCGAGGUUGUCGAGGUGAUUUAGCAGUAGAGGAAAUAGCAGCCUGCUCGGGGGGUAGCAAUUGUACAAUCUGCACCGGAACCGGAUGCAACGGAAAUGUCUUCCCACCGAAUCGGCUUCGGUGCCAUCGUUGCAACUCUUCGCUGGAUGAAAAAUGCUCAAACCAGCUGAUGGGGAACGCAACAUCCGAGUACUGUGAAGUUUAUUCCCCGUAUGACUCUUGCUACACUAGAAUUCGGAAUGAUAUUUUGGAGCGUGGCUGCCAGUCAGACCUGGAGAACUCUGCAUGCAUUAUCCUGGACAAAAAGCAUUGUCAAACCUGUGAGGGUAAUAACUGCAAUGAAAUUUCCAAAACCAAAUUGAAAAAUUCAGCGAGAAAAUUUGGUCAAACCGCAUGGAUUACGGUAGCAAUGCUUACGGUUCUGUUUCACUUGUUAUGA